AUGGCGGAAGAAGCAGGGAUGAUGGCUGAAGGGCAUGCUUGGAUUAUCUCCGACGUGCUAACCAGUCUCGUGGAUUCUGUUGAUUCAACCAUUGAGGCAAUGCAAGGCGUAUUAGGCGUGAGGCCUCACAUUCCACGAUCGCAUGAGCUUAGCCGCUUCACUAAGAGAUGGAGAAGGAGGUUUCACGAGGAAAAUCCGGAGAUGGACAGAACAGAACUUAAUGUUUUUGGGCUGUGGGCUUACGACAGCACCACUGCGUUAGCUGAUUCAGUCGAACGCGUUGGAGUGGCGUCCCCACAGUUCAAGAAAUCUGUGCAAAGGUGGAAUUUGACAGAUUUGGAAGCAAUAGGGACUUCAAAUAGUGAUCCAUCUUUAGUUCAUUUGAUCAGAAACUAUAAGUCCAAAGGGCUGAGUGGCGAUUUCACUAUAAGUAACGGGCAGAUGCACGCGUCUGCCUUUGAGAUAGUGAAUGUCGUUGGUGCAGGAGCGAACAGAGUCGGAUUCUGGACAGAAAAGUACGGCAUUUCACAGAAGCUGCUGGUAGAUGACCCGAAGACACUCUACUCGGCUAAAAAGGACGAUCUUGGGGGCGUGGUAUGGCCGGGGCGGGGAGUUCUCGUGCCUAGAGGCUGGGAGGUUUCGACAAACGGGACGAAGCUGAAGGUCGGAGUUACCAAUAAGGGAGGAUUCCCUGAGUUCACCAAAGUUGAAAGAAACUCAGAAACAAAUGCUGUUGAAGUGACUGGCUUUUGCAUUGAUGUUUUCAAACAAGUGAUGGAAUCUCUACCAUAUGGUGUCCCAUAUGAGUUCAUUCCUAUGGAUUUUCUUGAUCAUGUUACUACUGGAGAUUAUUCAGAUAUUUCUAUUCCAACAACUAAUGUGGUAAAUCAAGAAGCCAAUAGUUUCAAAGGCCUCUUUCUGGUUGCUGGUCUGUCGUCAUCCGUAGCUCUAGCUGUGUUUGUGUCGGGAUUUGUAUACGAGAAUCGGGGUAUAUUGAGGUCUACUGAUUCUACCAAGCACAAGAUUGAUGCACUAGCUAGAACUUUUUAUCAGAGGAAAGAAGGUUUGGCAAGAGGGAGAGUUUCUGCAGCUAGUCAAGAAGGGAUAUUUGUACUUCCAGAAGAUGACUGGUUCAAUGAAGUUUGUCAAGACGCGAUAGAGAAGCUGAGUGGUCAACCGAAGAACACCAACGGAGAGCGUGACCUCAACAGUCCAACCGCAUCUGUUUCAGCUCAAUCUAUCUCAUCCAUGAGAUCUCAUGGAAGCUCCUGA